AUGGCGUACAACCCGAGAAUGAGCAUUAUUCCAACCUCGCAGCAGCAGUCGCGGCCGCGAAAGAAGGAAGAAGAGGCUGAUGCCUUCAUGCGUCUAUCAGACCGCGAAAUCGUGGGCUGCAUCACCGAAAUCGGCAUCAACUUCACCGUCGCGGACCUUCAGAAACCCAAUGCCGUCCAUAUUCAGCAGAUAUUUGAGUGGUUCGCCGAGCUCCUCCUCAAUGCGACGCGCGAGACUGUCGAGCCAGCCAUGCGCGCUGCCGCCGAAGACAUCUGCGGCGAGUUUGCGGAUGUCAUCCCCCCGGACACACGCAACCUGAUGGGCUUCUACGUCUCGCUACGUAGGCUUCUGUUUGAGUGCGGAAUCACCGACUUCAGCUUCAACGACCUGUACCGACCUACAUAUGAUCGCCUGGUUAAGAUCUUCAGCUACGUGAUCAACUUUGUGCGGUUCCGGGAAUCGCAGACCAGCGUCAUCGACCAGCACUAUAACAAGGCAGAGUCGACCAAGACACGCAUCGAGACUCUCUACGCCGAGAACCUGGAGAACGAGGGUCGUCUGGAAGAUAUGCGACACAACCAGAAAGCGAUGGAGGCCCAGGUCCGAGAGAAGACGAUGAGAAACGAAGAACUCAAGAAGAGGCUACUGGAGCUCCGAAGGAACCAAGAAAAGGUCGCCGCGCGACUCGAGGAUGCGAAGCAAAAGAAGGGCGAGCUUACGGCUUUGCUGGAGCAAAAGACACAAGAAAAAGUCACAUUGAAACAGGAGAGCACCAAGUUGCGACCCUAUGUGCUUCAGAGCCCUUCGGCUCUUCAAGAUAACUUGACGGAGCUUCGCGAGAUUCUCAACAACGACAAGUCCCACAUCGACGCUCUGGAUCGCCGAGCCAGAGCUCUUCAGACUUCGACAGACUCCUUCUCUGUCGUUUCCACAGAUGUAGCAUCCUGUAUCAAGAUCCUGGACGAGAUUGCAUCGGAGCUGUCCAAGGAGGAGGAGGAACUGGCGCGCAACGCAAAGCAACGAGACGCUCUCUCGGAGCGCAAUAACAACGCUCAUGAGGUGGAGCGCGCCGAGGGUCUCCUUAAGCGCCAGCUUUCCAAGUGGACAGAGCGGACGGAGAAGCUCCGCGAGCGCAGCAACCAAAAGGCACAGGAGGCCAAGGAGAGGAUGCAAGAGCUCAGCGCAGUGCACAAGCAGCUCACAGCUGAGCGCACCGAGAAGGGCAAGGAGAUGGAGGUCCGGCGUGUAAGGAUCGAACAAACCGAGAAGAAGAUGCUCGACCUGAAGGAGAACAUCGAGAACGAAGUUCACAGCGCACACGAAGAGUAUCGAAAGAUGGAGGCUCAUAUCGAGCUUUACAUUGCAGAGAUGGAGCAGGCUAUUGCUUAG